AUGCCCCUUGUGAAGGACCUCCUGCAUCCAUCCCCAGAAAAGAAGAGGAAGCACAAGAAGCAGCGCCUGGUGCAGAGCCCCAACUCCUACUUCAUGGACAUGAAGUGCCCAGGAUGCUACAAAAUCACCACCGUCUUCAGCCAUGCACAGACGGUAGUUCUGUGUGUCGGUUGCUCCACAGUCUUCUGCCAGCCCAUGGGAGGAAAAGCAAGGCUUACAGAAGGAUGGCCCUUCAGGUAG